AUGCCUGGGACAUCGGUUAGCGGUCAUGCACUAAGCGAGGUUGCCGGCUCGUGUAAAAUUAAGGAAGGUCUUCUGACUACCGCGCUAGUAUAUGUACAGGUCGGAAAACGUCGUGAAAAAUGUAGAGCGAUGUUAGAUAAUGGUUCUCAGGGUAAUUUUAUUACGGAACAGUUAUGCGAAAAAUUGAAUUUAACGCCUACUAGAGUGAAUCACGUGGUAGAAGGCGUAGGAACAGCGACUACAAGUGUAAGCCGAUUUGUAGAAAUAUCUGUAAAAUCUCGACUUACAGAGUUUUCAAUUAAUCUAGAAUGUAUGGUCCUUCAAAAAAUUACUAGUAAAAUUCCAAGCACGUCAUUUCAUAAAGAUAUUUUAAAUUUAACGAAUGAUCUAAAAGAGGUAGAGUUUGCUGAUCCUAAUUUUAAUAUUUCACAAGGAAUUGAUCUAUUAAUAGGUACCGGAGCGUUUUGGAAAUCUUUAUGGCCCGAAAAGAUCGAGUUAGGAGAAAAUCUUCCUGUAAUGCAGAACUCUGAAUUCGGUUGGAUAAUUGGUGGCGAGUUAUCAGCUAACAAGCCUAUCUCUAGUUCAAAGUGCUUUUUAACCAUCAGUGUAGAUAACCGUGGUUUAGAGCAACAAAUUGAGAAAUUUUUGGAAUAUAGAGGAGUUGCCAAAAACAAAGUUCAGUUUUCAGAAUCAGAUAAAAUAUGUGAAAAAUAUUUUAAACAAACGACGACACGCGAUCCUGAUACAAAUAGAUUUAUAGUGAAAAUACCGUUCAAGGAUAAUUUAAAAUUGCUUGGUGAUUCACGUGAAAUAGCCUUAUCUCGGUUUCUUGCAUUAGAACGUAGAUUUUUAAAAAAUGAAAACUUGAAACAGGAAUACGUAAAAUGUAUGCAAGAUUUUGAAAUUUUAAAUCAUAUGGAAGAAAUCGAAGAUACAGAGCCUGAAGAUCCGCAAGUAGUUAUUAUCUGA